UUUAGUGAUGUAGAACCCUAAACCAGUGGCGAGUGUAGAACCUACGCAAACCCUAAAAAUUUCCGAUAACGAAAUGGCAUCCGCCGCCGGCGCCGCCGCGAGGUCGAUAUUCCGAUCAUCCUCCGUUGGCCGCGCCGCGUUCCGUCUCUGCUCGGAAGCUAAACCGACUCGUUCUACGUUCCGCCUCGGAUCCAACAAGCCACUCUCCCAAUCCACGCUCAGGUGUCCUGUUGAAUUGAGCUUCUGUGUGGAAUCAAUGAUGCCGUAUCAUACGGCAACUGCUUCUGCGUUGAUGACUUCAAUGCUCUCCGUUUCUCGUCGCAGCUACGGUUGGCUUCCUGAAGGUAGCUAAACAUCUGUAGGAUUCCUUGUGUUCUUUCGGAUUGCAAUGAUGAUGUGUGAUAUGUGUUCUGAAGAUUGAAGCAAUCUUUUAUGUACCAAUCUGCUUCCUGAGACAGUGUCUUGAUUGGAGGGACAAAUUGAGUCCCAAAGGCCGAAAGGAACUUUAAAAACUUAGACCACCUGUACUUCUGUUCUUCCUAUUUCAGAUGCAUAAAGGCUGCUAUUUUAUACGCUUGGAUUUUAGUGUCUAAAGGCAAAUUACGCCGAAAUUGUAUUGGGCCGUUCGAUGAAGUUUUAUCUUGUUUGUCCGUGUUAUUUAGAAAUUUCAUUUUGAAUCAGCUAGGGAAGUUUAAUGAAUUCAGAAUUGGAGUAUGUAGCGAAAGUUUUUUAUUCCGAUCGAGUAGUGCGUAUUAAGCAUCCAUCCCUUUAUAGCUGGUCUAAAUUUACGCUUCCCCCCUUUGU